AGCAUAGCAGAAAAUCUUGCUCCCUAUCUGACCAUUUUUCACGCUCCUACUAGCUACUCUACUCCCUCCACUACUACAUAUAUUCAAAACACAAUUGAACCAAAUUUCAUUUUUCAUUUCACCGACCCCAUUAACAGUUUUAAGGCUCCAACGUAAGACAAUAGUGUGAGUGAGACAAAAGGGUUGUGUUUUGUACCUCAAUCAUGCCUUCAGGUCCUAAGAAGAGAAAAGCUGCUAGGAGAAAGAAGGAAAAGGAAAACAACAACAUUAACAUCAACCUUUCAUCAACCAAUAACCCUCUUCAUGGAAAUGAUGAUUUGAAGUCCCAAAAUGAGGUGGAAGAGAGAGGCCAAUCAGCUGUUCGACCAAAUGCUUCUGAUGUGAAAUCUGUGGAAGAAGUUUGUGGCGAUUUCAACAUUGAAAAAGUGUUAGGAGGGAAGGAGGACAGGGCUGUUACGAUAAAGAGAGAUUUGAAAUCCGAGGAUAGUUAUGAGAAUGAAAAUGGAAGGCGUGAGCAUAUUGAAACUGUGACCGAAUCAUGUUAUGAGAAUGGGAAUGGCGGUGGUAUUUCUAAUGGCAAAUCCUUGGCUGAGAAGAACUCAAAAGACGAGCUUUAUAAUUUCCUUGAAGAGGAAACCGUACGUCACGAAUUGGUCAAAUCGGAUGAUUCUUCACCUUCCAAUAUGACUGCGGUUAAAAUAAAUCCAUUUGUUCAACUUGAAGAGACUGGUGGCAAUUCUGUGGUCAAAGAUUCUGUUAAUUCAGUAAAGACUGUGGCUUCUAUGUCUGAGGCAGAAAAGUGUGAUACUGGACUUGCCCCUCUUCCAGAAGUGAUUGAUCUUGCUGGUAAGAUGAAUGAGGAUAGUGUAUAUCCCUUAACAAAUGAGAAUGCUACAUCAAGUUUGGAGGAACCUAAGCCAAAGGAAUCUAACAGUGAAGUGUUAACUUCAUCAUCUAAUGAUGCAGUACAUACUAAGGAUUCUGAGACCCCAAAAAGCUCCAAAAAUCAGCCUUCAAUAAGCUCAGCUCCAAAUUUGGUGCGAAAGACUUCAUGGUGGAGUUGCUGUGGAAUAUUUGAAGUUCUGUCAGGUUCAGAUAGAUAAUUUCAGAAAUACAAGGCGAGGAUCUCAACUUACAUGUCAAAUGAGAAAAUUGUGCUUCCUAAGACACUUUUCACCAAUGCAAGUUUUUCUUGCUUCUACUGAAAUCCUGAUAUCUUGUUUGAGACCUCUCAAAAGCUAAAACAAACAAAUUAGAAGGACCUUGUUGAAACAUUUUGUGUUAUUUUGAUGUAGAGUAUCUCGGUUAAUAGUUUUCAAAAUAUUACGGGUAACCAAUCCCAACUAUACUAUUGGAUGAUUUUUUGAAGCUGUGUUGCAACAAUUCACAGGUCAAUCCUUGAGCCUUUCAAGCUACAAUGUUAGUUCUGUGGUUUAGAAUUCUUCUUUGGAUUAUUCAUUCAUUCGUGAUGUUAAGAAGCAGUGGGGUAGUGGUAUGAAUUGUAUGGCCUAGAAAUUUCAAUUACCUCAAAAUUUAUUUCAAUGUAUAUGAUGAAUUUGUCAA